ACAACAGGGAUCUACUCCAGGAUUUUACUCUGGCAAUUCUCCUUUUGUGUAAAUUUAGGUAAAAUUCAGAAUCUUUUCUACUUCUUUAAGGUUUUGUAGAAAGAUGAAGUUCCUCCAGAUGUUUUCCUUCACUCUGCUGUCCGUUCUGGCGGCCAACUCUCAGGUCAUCAUGCCUGGCAGAUGCCCCAGCGCUGCUGUUCAGCAGAAGUUUGAUGCUGCAAGGUAUCUUGGUAAAUGGUAUGAAAUCCAGAGGAUGUCCCACACGUUCCAGAGCGGCCAGUGCAGCACCGCCACCUACAGCCUGCAGAGUCCUGGAGUUGUCGGAGUCGUCAACAGGGAGCUGCUUGCAAAUGGGACCAUUGAUGUAAUCACCGGCACCGCCAAACCCGACCCCACUGAGCCUGCCAAGCUGCUGGUCUACUUCUUCGAGGACUCUCCUCCUGCUCCUUACUGGGUCCUGUCCACAGACUACGACAACUACGCUCUGGUCUACAGCUGCACCGACCUCAGCGUGCUCCACGCCGACUUCGUGUGGAUCCUGAGCAGGCAGCCCACUCUGGCCGACCAGACGCUGGAGGAGCUGCACGGCGUCCUGCGGUCCAUCGGAGUCAGUGUGGACGAGCUGCUGGUCACCAACCAGGACGCAGAUUACUGUAGCGCCAUGAACCAGUAGAAUGAGAUUGUGGCGUUUGUAUUGAUGCAGAAUCUUUAUUUGAGCUUAAUUUAAUAAACUUGUAUGUCCAAAACAAACAA